AAGCUCCGGACUGUGACUAACGGAAACUGUGAACAACAGUCAUCGAAUGUGGCGGCUCUGAGGACUUGGAAGGCUCCGCCGUUUUAAUCAAUCGUUUAACGGGGGAAAUAACCUUUAUUAUUAACUGAAAUAAUCAUAGAUGUAAUAGUUGAUCGCCUUUCCAACCGGAACAAUGAUUUCCCCGUGGGAUCGGUGGUACACAACUAGCUGCUGCCUCUGCUGUCAUGUUCGGACGGGCACCAUUAUCCUGGGGAUAUGGUAUAUGCUCAUCAAUGCUGUUGUUCUACUUAUUCUCCUGUCAGCUCUCACCGACCCAGACCAGUACCGCUACCACCUUACCAAUGCUGAGCUGGGCUCAGACUUUGAUGUCAUGGAUGAUGCUAACAUGUGUAUCGCCACGGCAAUCUCUCUGCUCAUGAUUCUUAUAUGUGGAAUGGCAACUUAUGGUGCCUACAAGCAACAUGCGGCAUGGCUCAUUCCAUUCUUCUGCUACCAAGUCUUCGACUUUGCCCUGAAUGCGUUGGUGGCCAUCAGUGUGUUGGUGUAUCCCAAUACUAUCCAGGACUACUUACACCAGCUGCCUGGGACGUUCCCAUACAAAGACGAUAUCAUGUCAACCAACAACUUAUGCCUCGUCUUGUUUGUUCUACUAUUCGUUGGCUGCAUACUGACCUUUAAGGCCUACCUGAUUGGCUGCGUGUGGAACUGUUACCGGUACGUCAGUGGACGAGGCUCAACAGAGGUGCUGCUGUACGUUACCACUAACGACACCUCGGUUCUGCUGCCACCAUAUGAAGAGGUUGUUGCUGUUCCCCCCAAGGAGCCCCCUCCACAGUACAUGGAAGCCUGAGAAGAAUGAGACCCCACAAUGCACUGGGCCUCCUCCCCUCUCUUUGUGCUGCUGUAAUGUUCUGUCCUUCCCCCCUUGCUCUCCCUACAAGCCUAGUCCAGCUGUACAGGCAAACCCCUUCAGACCCGGCCUCUCACUGGAAACCCCUUCAGACCCGGCCUCUCACUGGAAACCCCUUCAGACCCGGCCUCUCACUGGAAACCCCUUCAGACCCGGCCUCUCACUGGAAACCCCUUCAGACCCGGCCUCUCACUGGAAACCCCUUCAGACCCGUCCUCUCACUGGAAACCCUUUCAGACCGACAUCUACCUGAAAACCCCUUUAGACCCUACCUCUCACUGGAAACCCCUUUAAACCCACCCUCUCACUGGAAACUCCUUUAAACCCGACCUCUCACUGGAAACCCCUUUAGACCCAGCCUCUCACUAGAAACCCCUGGUCAAUAUUGGGAGGUGUAUCUCCUAACUCUGAUUCCCUUACAGUCUCUCCAGCACUACCUGACUUUUUAAAUAGCAGAUAAAAAGUAUUGGUUAUGCAAAGGCACUUUUUAAAAAUAUAAAUAAUUUUCACCCUGGUCAUAAUUGAAUGUAAUAUCGGGGGUAUUUUUGUAUGGCUUUUUAUAGAGUGAUAUCUGACUGAACCAUCAAGGGGGAGGCUGUGUAAGGCUGUCAUGUGAAGGUACAAAACACCAUGACGUCAUGUUGUUGGAAUGCCUAUUAUGGACUGAUCUUCUGAAAAUAAUGGUUCCCAGAAUGGCACUUAUGUAGUGCCAAACAGGGAAUGGAAGGCAAAACUAGUGUACUAGAUACUACAAUGACCAGAAACCCAUGGAGUCCUUCCCAUUAUGUUCUUGGUCUCCAACAUUAAACAUUUCAAAGACUUGCACGUACAACUUUAUCAAAGCACUUAAUAGAAACAUUAAAUAUGUAUUGGUGUGUUACAAUGUGUCCAUUUCAUGUGUACUGUAGUAUGUUCAGUUAAACUAAUUGAGCUGAAAAUAGUUAGGGGCUUUUAACAUGAUAAUAUGAUCUUAUUGUUGUAGCUGAGCAGCAGUCCUGAGAGCAUGACUUGCUACUGAACGGAGUCAUCUGCUUCUUUAAGUCCGGACUGUGUGAUAAUCCCCAUGAAGGUAAUUCACUGUCCCGUGUAAGCAGAUGUUUGGCACACCUUGAGUUAACCUUAAGAGUAGCUGAACUGAAUUAUAAAAUAUUGUGAUUGGUUCUCUCUGCCUGUGUCAGGGGAACAUAAAGACAGAUUAAUGAUAGACCAUCCUGAGUCAGAUGGAGUUUUACUGAAAGUUAACAUCAGUCCCAUUCAUUCCGGUCCAUCGUCUUUGUGGGAAUUGUGACCUCUGCUUUUGCAAUCCAACAGUUUAAUGUAAGCUGCACUUUAAAGAAUCUUACCUGGGUGAUAUUUGAAACUAGUGCUUUUACUAUGUUGUAAGAUACUACACCAUUUCUGUGGGUCGUUGUAAAAGUCUCCCAGGGUUUCAUGCAAUAUUUAAACUGAGAAAUGUUUUAUUGUGCAACUAGUGGAGGAACACUAAUGAUCUGAUACACAAUGUUUGUUUCAUCCCUGUCCCACAUUCCACUGUAGGCUUGUCUUAAUCGCUGAUCAAUAAAGACUUAAUGACAUCAA